GUAAAAUAUAUACUAGUCCCCAUUUAAAGCCGCCCCAACUGCUUGCAGCAAAAGUCAAUAAACACCAAGCCCCAUUACGUAGACAUAAUUCAAUGGAGUAUUUUAAACAGCCGAUGAACGAGAUGGCUUUGCUCCCAUCAUCCUCUUCCCGGCUCCUUGAGUCAAUCCCAUCUCUCUCUCUCUCUCUCUCUAUCCAAAAAGAAAACACAGCGGUUUCAGACCCACCUUCGCCCACCUCUCAAGUUGCCUAUACACACACUGUGUACUCACUUACUAUUUUCCACGAAUUUCUGGAGGGAAUUUUCUUUUUUCCCUUUUUUUUUUUUUGUUUCUGGGUAAGAACUCUCUACUCUCAAUUUCCUAUCUGCAAUUCUGUUGAAUUGCAGGGCAUCGGUGAUUCGGCUGUUGAGUUUGUUGGGUUGUAGAAUUUGUUUGUGGCUUAUUCCGUCUUGCCGAGAUGUUCUGGUCAAGGGUUUGGUUGUUUGGAGGCGCGUUUUGUGUGUGCUUGUGUUGGUUUUGUCUGUUCACUGGAGCAGAUGGCCAGAUUACACGACCAGAAGAAGUUACAGCAUUGCGAGCCAUCAAGCAAAGUCUGGUUGAUCCAAAUCGGAAUCUCAGUAAUUGGAAUCGUGGAGAUCCAUGUAUGUCGAAUUGGACAGGGGUUUUGUGCUUCAAUUCGCCAUUGGAUGAUGGCUAUCUACAUGUCAGAGAAUUGCAGCUACUGAAUAUGAAUCUGUCAGGAAGUUUAUCUCCAGAGCUUGGCCGCCUAUCUUAUAUGAUAAUAUUGGAUUUUAUGUGGAAUCAGAUAAGUGGGAAUAUACCGAAAGAGAUUGGCAAUAUUACAUCUUUGGAACUCUUGCUCUUAAAUGGAAAUCAACUCACUGGUUCCUUGCCUGAAGAGAUCGGUUAUCUUCCUAAUUUGGAUAGAAUUCAAAUUGACCAGAACCAUAUAUCUGGAUCACUUCCUAAAUCAUUUGCAAACUUGAACAAAACAAAGCAUUUCCACAUGAACAACAAUUCAAUUAGCGGGCAAAUUCCACCUGAACUGUCUGUGCUGCCAAAUCUUGUUCACUUUCUACUUGACAACAACAACUUAUCAGGGUAUCUUCCGCCAGAUCUUGCCAAUCUGCCUAAUCUACUGAUACUUCAACUGGACAACAACCACUUUGAUGGGACUUCAAUACCAGCUUCUUAUAGCAACAUGUCUCAUUUGCUGAAGUUGAGUCUGAGGAACUGUGGGUUGCUAGGACCAAUCCCUGACCUGAGCAGGAUACCAAAUCUCGCCUAUAUUGAUCUCAGUUCAAACCAGCUUAAUGGCUCCAUUCCACCAGAAAAGCUUUCCGAGAACAUGACAACAAUUGAUUUAUCAAACAACAAUCUUACCGGACCUAUACCUACCAACUUUUCCAGCCUUCCUCUGCUUCAGAUACUGUCACUUGCAAACAAUUCACUGAAUGGUUCUGUUCCAUCCAUUAUAUGGCGAAAUAGGACUUCCAGUCGACCUGAGAGACUUGUAGUUGACUUGCAGAACAAUAUCAUUACAAAUAUUAAUGGCAGUUCCAACCUCCCACCAAAUGUCACUGUUAGGCUUCAAGGAAAUCCAAUAUGCUUGGAUACAAACCUGGUCCAGUUCUGUGGAACGCAGACUCAAUAUAUCAGUCAUAUCCAGAGCUCAGAAAACUCCAAUGCUACUUGUCCUGUGCAAGCAUGCCCCUAUGAAUAUGCCCCAUCAUCUCCUGUACCAUGCUUCUGUGCUGCACCUUUGCUCGUUGGAUAUCGGUUGAAAAGUCCUGGAUUCACAGAUUUUCGGCCAUACAAAGAUCAAUUUGAGGUGUACUUAACAAAUGGUCUAGUCUUGGAGAUUUUUCAGCUUUACAUUGAUUCGUUCAUAUGGGAGGAAGGCCCUCGACUGAAGAUGUAUUUGAAGUUUUUCCCUGUAUACAUUGAUAACGCCUCUUAUGUCUUCAAUAAGAGUGAGGUUCUGCGAAUCAGGAGCAUGUUCACAGGAUGGAAAAUUCCUGAUAGUGACAUUUUCGGACCUUAUGAACUUCUCAACUUCACUCUGUGGGGCCCUUAUGAAGAUGUGAUUCCCUUCUCUUCAAAAUCUGGUAUUAGCAAGGGGGCACUAGCUGGCAUUGUAGUAGGAGCAGUUGCAGGUGCAGUCAUGUUAUCUGCAGUUGUGUCUCUUAUUAUAUUGAGAUUGCUUAUGAGGAAACAACAAGCAGUGUCAAAAAGACGUCAAUUAUCCAAGAUCACUAUCAAAAUUGAUGGUGUGAAAGACUUUACUUAUGGAGAAUUGGCUCUGGCGACUAACAAUUUUGAUGCCUCUGCUCAAGUUGGACAAGGAGGUUAUGGGAAGGUCUACAAAGGUACUCUUGCUGACGGCACUGUUGUGGCCAUAAAACGUGCACAAGAAGGAUCAUUGCAAGGAGAAAAGGAGUUUCUCACUGAAAUAGAACUAUUGUCAAGGUUACAUCACCGGAACUUGGUCUCUUUGCUUGGAUAUUGUGAUGAAGAAAGUGAACAGAUGUUGGUUUAUGAAUUCAUGCCCAAUGGCACCCUGAGAGACCACUUGUCUGGUAAGACUAAAGAGCCUCUGGGUUUGGCUAUGAGAGUGAGAAUUGCAUUAGGUUCAGCCAAGGGAAUCCUCUAUCUGCAUACGGAAGCUGAUCCUCCAAUAUUCCAUCGAGAUAUCAAGGCCAGCAACAUAUUGUUGGACUCUAGGUUAAAUGCAAAAGUUGCUGAUUUUGGACUCUCCCGACUUGCCCCAGUUCCGGAUAUUGAAGGAACUACGCCUGGUCAUGUAUCCACAGUUGUAAAGGGCACUCCGGGGUACCUUGAUCCAGAGUACUUCCUUACUCAUAAGUUGACAGACAAAAGUGAUGUUUAUAGCCUCGGUGUUGUAUUUCUAGAGCUCUUGACCGGAAUGCAUCCAAUCUCGCAUGGCAAAAACAUUGUUCGAGAGGUAAACUCGGCAUAUCAAUCUGGAAUGAUCUUCUCAGUCGUUGACGACCGUAUGGGAGCUUACCCCGCAGAAUGCGUGGAGAGGUUUGUAAACUUGGGCCUCAAGUGUUGCCAAGAGGAGACUGAUGCCCGGCCUUCGAUGGCGGAGGUGGUUCGCGAACUCGAAACCAUAUGGGGUAUGAUGCCAGAGUUCGACACCAAAACGACAGAAUCCUUAAGCAGUGACCCUGGCAAGGUUAUGUCCCCUUCUUCAUCUAUAUCCUCUGAGAUGAAGAAUAAGCACACUCCUUACGUGUCGGGCGACAUCUCCGGCAGUGACCUUGUCAGUGGAGUCAUUCCCACCAUUACCCCCAGAUGAUGUAUUCUUCUCCCUUACGGGGCUGGAGAGGGGGUUAUAUAAGUUAUGUAUAUUCCACAUUUUUUUGGGUUAGAUAUGUAAAAUGUCUUAGGCUGAUCAUUUCACAUCUGCUGUUGUUGCUGUUAUGCUGUAAAAGUUUUGCUUAGAUGGUCAACUUUCACAGUUGUGCCAACAAUCCAGAUAUUAUAUUCCAGAUAAUGAUUACUAAAA